AUGGAGGAUGGUACUGAACAUUGGAAAGAAGAUGUGAGGGAAAAGAGUAACGAUAUCGAAGAAGUUAUACUGGAAGAGUGCGUUGACGGUACGGUGAGCGAGGAUGAUUUGAAACAUGAUGACAAUGAAUCGGAUGAUGAGGAUGGUAGUGUGGAGAUGAAGUUGUGUGAUUGGGUAGAAUUUUGUUUAAAUGAACAGAUGGUGUUUCAUAACAGUGGUAUUAUAAAUGAAACACAUCUUCAUAUUGGUUGUCGGUUUACGGAACGAUUACUAUUAAUGCGACCACGGCAAUUAGCGAGUGCAUUGAUUCAACGCCGUUUAAUGCAUCGAUUACUCGACUUGAUAUGUUCAAACAAAUUGAGUAAUUCAAUGCGUUGUCAAGCGACGAAUACAUUGUUCGCAUCACUCUUCUAUUGGGACGAAUUACCCAUUUAUGUGGUAUUACGAUUACGUUCGAUCAUUGAUUAUUGUGCAUUUAUGUAUUGGCUGUUUCUGAUCCGAAAUUUAUCAACUCCACAAGCGUAUCGUGAAAGCGAUACAGAGCACUCGAUAAAACUUCUCGAAUCCUUGACGAAAACGAUUAAUUUUAUCACAGAAUGGCCAAAAACGAAAACCAAUCCAAAGUGUUUCAUGUAUAGGUCUUUACAUGACAGCGAAAUUUUACGAUCUUUGUGUUUGAUAGUGACAUCAACCAAAAUGCGUGUUGAUAUUCGGCAAUGUGCUGUUCGAUUGCUGAAGAUUUUAAUAGAUUAUGAUGGUAAGAAUAUCACUGGCGCCGUCUUCUUGGCUCAUACUAGAAUCGAGGUCGCUAAUCUCGUGCUCAGAAUCCUGGAUCUUUGUUCAAAUGACGACCCAAAACACGAUUCUGAUCAAGUAAACUUUUUUAGCGAGUUACAGUCAAAAAAAGGUCUUCUGCCGUAUGCAUUGCACGCAUUACAGCUGAUCAACAAUUUGGCUCUCACCAAUCAACGGUAUGAUGUCGCAUUUGCAAUGAAUUUAAGCGAUGAAUUGGAUUGUGAAGAGCGGAUUUUGGUACUGCAACAGAUGUUGAUGUUUUGUGUAACAUCGAACGGUUUGAAAGCACUCACUUGCGCUCUUUCAUAUGCAUCCUCCAUGGAAUAUCUUCUUGAAGUUUUUACGCUUUCCACCGACUCCAUCAAUGCAAGUGAUGAAGCUAAAGUACGAAUGCGUCAGUCAGCAAGUUAUGGGUAUGCUUGUGAAAUCCUUUUUACUCUUGCCCGAUCGCAAUCAAACGGCUCAUUUUGGCGGACAUACGGUGGCUUCUUAUGUCGUCUUAUCGACAGCAGUUUCAUAUCAGCGUAUCUUUGCAACUUCACUGAAGCAGUGGACAGAUCCACUGCGUUACACGCUAUCGCAUGCGUCGAAUGCGAGUGCACUUCAUUUUUUACUUCAAAGAAAUGUCUUAUUAUUAUUAUUAUUUUUUGCAGAUUAACAUCAUAUACCAAUAAAUUUGCUUCUGGUGAACCUCCGUUUUCAGUAAUAACUGUGCUCAGAUUAAUUAACACAAUCCUUGAUGAACACUACGAUGAUUUGAAAGCAAAUCAGAGCGAGCGUUACUAUGAGAUCGUCACAAUAUUUUAUGAUGAAGGCGGAUUGCAACAAGUUAUACAGCUAUUAAAAUUGGCGAAUACUAUGUAUUCUCGUUCAACGACUGAGAGUCGAAGUUCGCUUAAAGGUGAUCCAUCGAUUUAUGUUUCGUUGGUGUGUUCAGCGUUACAUCUCAUCGAUAAACUUCAUAAGUCGUUCAUAUCAAUCUCAAAGUUACUUGAUGUAUCAGCAGUGGACGUUAUGGUGGAUACUUAUGCGUUAUGUGGUUUUGGUAAAACAGCUGAUCAUUUGCGAAUACGACGGUUGAUUCUUGCAAAUUUGGCCGUAUUCGUAACCACUACACAGGCUUCACUUUCGGUAACCGUUUAUUUCAAAUUUCAUUUUGUUGCAAUUUGGAUCGAUGUUGCGAAAAGUCACAAUCCAUUAAAAAUAGCGCUCGAUCGACUCCUCCAUUAUGGUAUGUCUCAGCCACAAACAUUUCUGGCCGUUAUCGACAUUGUCAGACGUCUAAUACCUCAGCCAUACAUUGAUGCUGCUGAAUGUGAUGAGUUGGGUAUAAGCAGUUCAUGUUUACUGCGCUCACAUUUGAUCGCAUUGCUCAUUCGUUUAGCACACCUUGGCGUCGAUAUGGCUAGAUUCAUUGCUGAAACAUUGCUCGAACAGAUAAUAAGUGCAUUGUCGAUUUCAUCAACAAGUUCCAUUCUGAAAGCCCUCGAAAAUGAAAGUGAUGAUUUGCAACUGAAGUCGUUAAUCAACGAGGAAGUUCGAUUCGGGGCAGCAACUGAUUAUACAACGGCUGCAAUGAUCGCAUUCACGUUUCAGUGCUUACACGAUAAAAGCAUUUGUGCGUCAUUCGUUGACGUUCUCUCAAAAAGAAGUCUGUUCAUUACAACCUCACUCAAAUUCUACAACGUUGCCAGUCCUAAAACUGUUUCACAUGUCAUCUUUCAAAAAUAUCUUAUCGUAGAGCGAGCGUUCGCAUCGAAAUCCGGUUCAUUAACGACGUUUAUUCGUCGUUUUGAAUCGAUUCAUUCAAGUGAUCUAUUGAAUACCGUUGGUGAGCUGCUGUUGAAAUUGUUCGAGAACUGCUUCUCUAAAUAUAAAACAAUUUGUCUUUCGAAUGCUUGGCUGUGUGUGGCUCUUCGUUGGCCAUUGGCAGCCGAUGAACACAACGGAGAUAAUUGUAAGGAGCAUCCGUUAUCACGAUUCACAAUGCAUCUUCAACAGAAAAGCGAUUAUGGUUGCCCUUCUUCUUCAGUUUUAUCUCGAUUAGAAGAUAUCAUCAAAAUCUUGGAAAAAUCGUCUGAAACAAGUGAAACUGAGAAAGAAUUCACUGAAGAAGAAGCAUGGAGUGCUGCCGAUAAUAUCGCGCAGCAAAUUGAAAGGAUAACCACCACUUUGUGCGAUACGGAUUUCGAUCCGCCCAUGAUGGCUGUUGAUGUCAAGCAGAUUGCCCAAGAAUUUUUUUCUGAAGGAUUCCUUGACCAGGAAAUCCCUGGUUUUCCUCCUUUCAGCAUAGUACAAGAGCAACAACGUCGUGGAAGAGUAGCGGUUUCGUUUCAUUUCAAAGGUCAACUUCUAUACGUCUGCUACGUGGCAGAUUUGUUACGUGGGCGUGCUGAUAUUCCGUCAAGUGCAUGUAGUAAAACUCCAUCAAACGAGGAUCAGUACAUGUUGCGUUUUAACUAUGGUGAUUCGAUGUGGGCAUAA